AUGGACGAUUUACUUAGUUCUUUAGGGCCGACGGCAACGAACAACCGUGCGACAUCCGAAGAUGUCUCCAAUGAAAGCAAGCCUUCCGUUACUGCUAAAACAGCGACCGGCAGUCGGCUGCAAACACAACCGUCGAGCUGCACUCCAUCCGCGGACAGCGAUUCGUCGUCACCGAACCGAAGAAGGUCACAGGCGCCGGAAGAGGAGUUCCAUUCAACCGCGGUUGACGGGAUCCUGGAGUCUGCCGGGGACACAGACAGAGGUGAAAUCGGCAGAACUAGUUCUGAGUCUUCCGGUGGCGCUCCGAACCAAGCGAGUGAGUUGCUGCUCAUGAACGAGGUUGAGAAUGAUGCGCCUGAGGAGGACUGUGCGGAGAUUGAUGCAAUCUUGGGUUCCAUUCCACAGCUGGGCCAAGGUUUAUCUCAGGGAUGUAAUGGGUUGACUGAGGCAGAUAAUACAGUGCAGCCACAACCGUCGAGCUGCACUCCAUCCGCGGACAGCGAUUCGUCGUCACCGAGCCGAAGGUCACAGGCGCCGGAAGAGGAGUUCCAUUCAACCGCGGUUGACGGGAUCCUGGAGUCUGCCGGGGACACAGACAGAGGUGAAAUCGGCAGAACUAGUUCUGAGUCUUCCGGCGGCGCUCCGAACCAAGCGAGUGAUUUGCUGCUCAUGAACGAGGUUGAGAAUGGUGCGCCUGAGGAGAAUUGUGCGGAGACGGAUGCAACAUUGGGCUCCGCCCCAACACUGGACCGACGUCCCUCUCAGGACGGGAAUCUAAUGAACACCUCGAAUUCCAGUUAUCCGCCGACUGGCAACCAGAAUCCGCUUGUUGAUGGAAACUCGACAGAGGCAGGCGGACAGCAGCCCAUGACAGAGCACAGCGGCUCCGGAGAAUCGAACGAAUUGCAUCCGCUUGAGGGGGGGGGACUGUUGGGGGGACUAAUGGACCCGGCAAAGAAGCGGAACCCGUCAGUGACAAAUGAAUGUCUGGGAAAUGGAGCGCAUUCUAGCGGGAGCGAUAUUGUUCUGUCCUGUCCCCCAACGGCUGAAGAGGGGCAAGCCGCGACAGAAGCGGAUGGAAACUCGCCUUUGGGAAGGUCUUCCUCGGUCCCCAGGACAGAGAGAGGUGGAUCGGCUAACAAGAUUCCCUUGCCAGUUUCAGCUGGCGACCAAGAUGGCUAUGAAUAUCUGUCGAUGAAAGAGAAACUCCAGAUGUUCGAGGAGAUUUCCAAACAACGGAGUUCGGAACUAAUCAAAUCGUUUUCUUCGAUUGGUUCUCGGCGCUCCGACUACGUUUCACGCAGUUCAACCCGCACAGACGUCAGCCCACGGAGAUGUGAUCCACCGUCUGAAACGGCGCUGCGUGAACGAGACGAACAGAUUGCAAAACUAAGUGGCCUGUUAAAACAUCGGAUGGACACACUAGGCGCUGUUGGCAACCAGCUCGAAAAGAAGGAGAAGACGCUGGAGAUGAUCCGCGAGGAAAACGCAUACUUGACUCGAGAGUUCAUGGAUAAACUCGCAGCAACAGGUCAAGAGCAACCGCUUCCAACUCUACCAAGUCUUCCGAGUUCUGAUGUCGCAGCAUCUUGGCUGGCUCAAGAAGCUCGGAAUGAAGCAGCACGGCAAGAAGCAGGCUUGAGGGCAUCAGGACCCUCCUGUGGUCCCCGUAGUCUGUCCUCGUCCAGUGAGACACAAGAAAGUCCGACUUUUCCUGAACACCCUGAUAGAUCAGCAAAGUUAUCCUCCCAGGAACCUGAGCAGGCUUCCCGCGGGACCAGCAGUGUCCGCAGUGAACACCGGUCUUUUUCAAAUAUCGACGAGAAUUCGAUCUCCAUCGAAGGCCCAGAUGAUGAUUCGGCCGGGCCUAGGCGUAAGGCAGCUUCUCCCGACUGUGUGGAUGAUCAUCAACUCGAGCAUUCACCGUCUGCAGAAACGUCAACCGGAAACAGCGAAGAGCCUGAUGAUGACCAGCGUCAAACUCAGCCGGGCACGCGAGACGACACUUCGGUGAUCUGCCCUCCGCUCCAAGACAAACUGAGGUGGUUCGAAGAUCUUCAAAGCAAGUGCGUCCUGGAAGGCAUUAGCGACCGACAGAAGACGGCACGGCCAGUCGAUAACCCCGGUGGGGGGGCUGUGCCAACUGAGGACCAGGCCAACGUCGAGAGGGACACAACUACCCGGCCAAAGGACAGCUCAGUGGGCGCUGCCCAACAUCCCUUUCUGGCUGAGAAAGACGCCGAAAUAGCAAGACUGCUUGCGCUGGUGAAACACAAAGAGAAUCUUAUCGACUUGGCAAAACAGGGGGUUGCUCAAAAGGAAGAGGAGAUCUUGGCGGAGCUGGCAGAGAAGUUCUCGCUGUCAAGAGACUACAUGCACUACUUGGCGGAGCAUCAUGAAAAGGCCCCGGAAAUCUUGCGUACAGGGAAAUCAUUCUGUCCGCGUAGCUCUGCAGCCAACGGAGAAGCAACGGCAGACGUAGAGAAGGAGGCCGGGACGCUCUUAGUGAACAGAUCCAGGGGUAAAUCCGAUACGGGGUGCCAUGACCGUGAUCAACGAUGGGCAAACGCCAUUUGUACGAAGAAUUCUGUGGGACAUGGGAACGAUAUUUCUGAUGGUGCAUUAGAUUGUCACUCUGGCGCACUGGGUGCUUAUGGGGUGCUCGUGAACCGGAAGCCUACGCGGCACCAGGAACCACGAAGUAUCCAGGAGACUAGCAAGCAGACCCCUUCAAAUAGUCGAAAAGUAGCACCGCUGAGGAAUCUGGACAAUCUCGAAGAAUGGUUGUCCGAAGAAUUCAGCUCGCAGGACGAAUCGUGUUCAAAGGGAGCUGACCUGGAAACAUCUGGCGUGGUAGGUUCAGAAGACGUUCCCCUUGGAGGCAUGUGCCGAAAUGACAGAUUGAGACAGAGCAGCUGCAGCCAACAUCCUAGGGAGAGCAGGGAAUCUAAGUUCAAUCGCGACGCCAUACGUGGCCGGAAAGUGGGAGAUGGUCGGGUCACCGAAAGUGAAGCUUUUUCGUCUCCAUGGAGCACCAGCGCAAGUGCUGAAAAUUAUGGUGGCGAUGAGCUCCGCGCAGAAGAGGAGAUAGCCCUUGAAGCUCUCAGACAGUAUACACGGCGGCAAGCCCCAGUUCGGGAGAUCGCAGGUGCAGUGUCUGGCAGCAAUGAGGACUACAUGCUAUACACGAAAGACGCGGGUAGUGCCGACGAACAAUUGGUCGGGCGCCGCUCCGAAAGUUGGACGAGGCCUGUGUCACCUACAGACCCGGCUGAAGGGUCGUACACAGGCGUUUUUACAAGUCGUUCCGGAGACAGUAAAACUGGACGGCUCCAACCAGACUGCGAAGCGAGAGAGUGCGACGAGGUAAAGAAUAGGACUAUGAAGCUGGAGCUUGCUCAAUGUACCGGUGCGAGGCUUCGAGGAUCCCUCCGAUCACUCGAAGAGGCACAAGAAGGCAUGGCAUCAGCAGGGCGGAGACGCCAACAGGCAAUCGACGGUGUCACCCAGCAGUUUUCACAAGGAAGAGAGCGGCAGGUUCGCGGCAGCGUCAUGGAGGAAAGGUUGCAUCGAGACUUGGAUACUCUCCCAUCUUUUUCGCGUGGCUGGAGACAGGGCAUCGAAAUGCUCGACGGCGACGAAGAUGAGAGCUACGGAGGUGACUGUGGACCAUAUUUUCGUGAGAACCGUACUAGCGUGGCAGUCUCUGCUAAAAAAACCAGGUCUUACCGUGGAAAUGGCCGAGCAUUUGGACAGACCGGCCACGAAGCCCAUGCCAUAAGCGAGUGUCGAGAUACAUCCGAUGGUCAGAUCGGCUCCCACGGGAAGAAGUUGAAGGCAGAGUUAUUUUUCAAGACCUUAUUGAAUCAAACCCGCUCUCGAAUAGAGAGACACCUGGAAGAAGAAGAAGAGUUCGCUGGCUUGCGUAACUCGUCAGGGCUGCGAAGAGCCAUGAAAACGUACGAAGAUGUAAAGCAGAUGGCCAUGGAAGUGCGAGAGAUGAGGAAGGAAAAUCAAAUAUUGAGGCAGGCAGUGUUGAACAGCAGACGCAAAAUGGAGACGAUUGUUGGUGGACUUGAAGAAAUGAGCCACAACGAAAGGACCCUGCAACCAGCGCUCUCGUGGUUCGUGACUGACGACCUUCAUUUGGGAGUGACUCCUCACGAACAAGGUCUUUCUAGCAAAGCUGUGGAACAUGAUGACCUUCAGAUGGAGACAGCCUCUCCCAACCAAGAGCUAUCGGAUUCAUCUCCACAGCUCAUGGGGAGCGAAUACGACAAACGAGUGGAAGAGGUUUCCCCAGAAAGAGUCGUCAGCCUUCCAAAUGACGUUUCUGACAGCGGCGAAGGAUCCUCAAAUCUUGCGGUAAAUAGUCAAAAUCCAAAGUCAAUCCAACCGAUCCACGACAGUGACCCGACGGUUAUCUCGCUCAAACGAGCAACCCGCCUUGUCCAGGUGCAAGAGAAACGCAUCGCGGCACUGCAGGAGCAGCUCUAUGAGCUCACUAAAAGAUGCAUGUACCUCGAAGAGUUGGAUGACGUGAUGUGGGGCCUAAUUGAGGAGCGAAUGGAAAAUGAUACUAGGAUAACAGAGAAGAUCAAGGAAACAUACCAGCGGUCGUGUGCACAACUGAGAGCGCGCUUAGUAGACGCGGGAACCGCGGAAGUGAUCAAGACGUAA